AUGAGAUGGGCUCUGGCUCAACGUGUGGUCCAUGCGAGCGACACAAAAUCAGCUGAUAGCUGCGGCUGGAUCGCGGCGCCUCUCGCACUUGCUCACUCGUCAUGGACUUGCGGUCAUCGCAUGCGGGUGCCGCAGUCAUCGCCCCGCACUCCUGCUGGUGACACGAAGGAGGUUGCGAAAUCUGCUAUGCUCGGUUCCGUAUCUCGCACUUUUGCUUACUCACCACCAUAG